UUAUUGGUGAAUUAUCAGUGAAUUGUCCGUAAACUCUCGAUGAUCAAUCAGCCAUGGAACGUUGAUACUCUGGGCCGAUUUAUCUUGCCGGAUUAAACCAAGGAUUAAUCGUCAGCACCAUGGAGACCUUCCCUGACUCCUCCAGACUGAUACCAGAUAGUGGUGGUUGUUGUGAUUGUGGUGAUAACAGUGAUAACUGUGAUUAUUAUCGGUGCAGGGCUUCCCUGAUGACAACCAGUUACAGAUCAAGUGUCACACGUACAUUAGAGUUCACAGCUGUCAUCCUGUUGCUGUCCCUCGGUCUCUCCACUGCCUACUCCUCCAAGGACAUGAAAGUAACAGCCCAGAUCCCGAAAGAGGCCGAGUUGGCUCACGAAGUUAACAUGUCAUGCCAGUGGGAGCUAAAUGGAGGAAAAAGCCUGUACUCAGUAAAAUGGUACAAAGAUGGCCACGAAUUUUUCCGGUACAUACCGGGUAAUCAUCCCAGAAUACAGACAUUCACCCAACCAGGAGUUAACCUAGACAAAAUGUCGAGCAGAGAGAAUGCAAUACGCCUCAUGGACGUCAGCUUUGCCAGUACCGGUCAAUACAAGUGCGAAGUAUCCACUGAAGGACCUGCAUUUGCCACUGCGUUCAGAACCGGAAAUUUAACCGUCAUAUCCUUACCGAAACGAGGCCCCGAAAUUACUGGACUGUCAUCUCACUACGCAGUUGGGGAAAAUGUAACGGCCAACUGUUCGGCAUGGCCGUCUAUCCCGAGGGCAGAUCUUCAUUGGACUAUCAACGGCAUACUGGUACCCCCGGAGCACACGAUAGUUUACCCGUCAUCGUACCCAGUGCCAUCAGGUGGUGUACCAAAUACCCUGGGGCUGCGCCUCGAGGCAGAGGAACGUCACUUCGUCAACGGAAUUGUUGCAAUUCGAUGUCUAGCAUCAGUUGGCUCCCACCAGAAGGAGUCUGAGAGGCACGUGCAAAUGGCACACGUGAACAACCAGCGGCUGAGUGCUGGCGAUCUGCGUGGCUCAGCCCGAGGGGAUGCCCACCGUUUCACCCUGGACACCAUCCUCCUACCCCUCAUUAUCAUCAUCUCAACGUGA